AUGCAGCCUCUGUGCAAGUGGCAGCAGGACAGCUGGUGUGCUGGCAUUGCAGGAGGAGGGGACACCGAACCAGACGAUGCCACAAACCUCAGCCGGCAGGGUAAUGAAAGUAUUCUGAGACGAUGGAGAAAGCAGAACUAUGACCGGCAGGCCAUGGGCAAGGAACAGGAGGGGCGGCCUUCCAGAAUGAACCUGGGGACUGAAAUCAAGAACCAAAAAGUAAAACCGGCAAUAACAUCUGAAAAACAGCCCCAGACCUUACAGACCAGUUACACCAACAUGACUAUAGAGGGAGACCAGUUACAGACCAUGAAGGCAGUGCAGGAGGGUUGGAAGUUUUUCAAGAACAGUCUUUACUUCAUUUCUACUGGAGAGAAGAUCUGGACUGAGAGUAGACAGGACUGUAGAGGAAGAGGAGCAGACCUGGUGAUCAUAAACAGCAGAGAA